CGGCGGCGACGUCGCGCUGAGAUGUCGUGCCCGGAGGAACUGGCUGCCCUGGCAGAUGAGGACUUGCUUGACUUCCUUCUGAAGGAUGAUGCUCCUUGCCCUGAAAUCCCAGGGGAGGAUAACGCUCUCCUGGAAGACUGGGGCCUGCCAGAGCCUGAGCUCCUGGACAAGGAGGUGGAUGACUUCAUCACCUCCUUGCUGAGCCCUUUUGAAGAAGAAACAGGUGCCCUGCAGGGUUGUUUGCCUGCUGACAGUGACAGCGGCAUUUCUGAGGAUCAGCAUCUGUCCCAUAGCCCCAGCAGCGACUCUGCCAGCAGCCCUCCGAACUCAGAUAUUGUCCAGGUUGAUCACAACUAUUUCCUCCAUCGGGACUGGCCUGUACUGGAAAGCGUGAAGUCUGACACUGCAGAAGGAGAUUUUUCCAUUGACCUUGAGACAUGGACGGGUUUGGAAGGCACCAGCAAGGCACUGGAAGAGAGCUCCAGUUUCCCAGUUGCUGUUGCUGUGGAUGCUGGACCCCAGCUUGUGCCUGGAGCCAUCGUGCAGUCUGACUUCCCGGAGCUGGUCCUGACGGAGGAGGAGAAGCAGCUCCUGGAGAAAGAAGGUGUUUCAUUACCAACCUGUGGGCCACUGACCAAAGCUGAAGAGCGGCUUCUCAAGAAAGUGCGUCGGAAGAUCCGGAACAAGCAGUCGGCCCAGGAUAGUCGUCGCAGGAAGAAGAUCUACAUGGAUGGCCUGGAAAACAGGGUGGCAGCCUGCACCGCUCAGAACCACGAGCUGCAGAAGAAGGUGCAGCUGCUGCAAAAGCAGAACAUGUCACUGCUCGAGCAGUUGCAGAAACUGCAGGCCUUGGUGAGAAGGUCCACCAUGAAAACUACCACAGCAAAAACUUGCACCAUGGUCGUGUUCCUGUCCUUCUGCCUCAUCCUCUCCCCCAGCUUCUGCUCGUUUGGGAGAAGAGAGCCACAGCCAGAGCUCAGAGUGCUGUCACGGCAGAUCCGCGAGAUCUCAAACCAGGUGGCACCUGACGUGCAGAAGGAGGGGUUCAGCCCAGAGCCUGAGGACCACUUGUUGUUGGGCAGCCUCAAUCAGUCAUGGGAAGAGGAGCAGAGUCCGCCCAACCGUGAUCCCAGAUCUUACUUCAACAGCAACUCAUCUUCUGACCCUCCAGUGGCCACAGGGUCCGAGCUGGGCCCUCCCCGGCCUCCGGAGCGGCGCGCCCAGAGCGACCCCCUGCAGGUAGAGGUGCCGGUGGGGUGGAAAGCCAAGAGGCAGGAGUGGGUGGAACGCACAGCCAGCGUUGUCAUCCAGCAGCACCGUGCUGAUGAGAUGUGACCACCGCCACCUCCUGCUCCUGGGGGUGACACCGGCCACCCUGCCAGGCAGGGGACAAGCGGAACUGCUUAUAACGGAUAAUCUAUCAAAGCACAUUUCUUCUGAAUACUCUCCCUAUCGCUGACAGCUCAGAGGGGUUACCAGGGAGGAAUCAUUUUAGGGUUGACCUGUUCUGACACUCUGCUCUGUGUCUCUAUAGCAGGGCUCUAUCUGAGACGGGGUGGGAAACUCUGGGAUCUUUGCUACGGCUGCUGGCACGGCUUGAAGCCCGGGGUGUGUCCCGUGGCUCGUGGGGAUGGCCUGUGGCACGGGAGGUGAAGGCAGUCAGGCCUGAGGGGUCUGUGCUUGGUCUGACUGGAUGCAGUUGGUGAUGGAGGCCACUGCCUUCCUACCUCCCUGCCCAGGUGGAGGUGAACAGGCUGGGUCCUGCACUUCUUUACCGUGUCUGGUAGCCGUCAGCACGUCUCCCUUGUCCCUUCCCCUUAAUCCUGCAGUCUUGCCUGAUUUCUAGGUGUGAGAUAGCAAGCUGACCUUCAGUGCCCUCACGGGGAGCGGUCCUGCCGUUGUGACAGACCCUCCCUUUUGCCUGUUCCUGCUAGCUUUUGAGCCACAGGCACAGCUCCUGGCCUGGCUAGAGAAGGUAGUUUGAAGUCCUUCCCGAGCCGCGUGUGCUGUUUCCCUUCCAUAGGGGCUGAGCCUUUCAUCUCCCACAGUCCUGAAAGUGGGGCGUCUGGGCCGCGGGGAGGGGGGGAAGGCAUGCCUCGAACCGGGCUGCUGAGGGGGUGUGGAGCAGAGAGCAGCAGAGCCUGCUUGCCCUUCUGAAGGCUCUGCUGGCCACGGGACAGUUUCACAGCUGCGUCCCCGUGUGCCCGAGCUCUGCCGCGCUGGCCGGUGAUGCAGUCAGCUGGCUCUGGUUGCUCCCCAGGGCUGAGCAGAAACGCUUUGAGCUGGUGAGCGGCAUCCUUCCUGGAGUGCAGCUUAGUCAUACCUGUUGAGCACCUCUCCUCAUCCUACUUCAGGACAUUUCAUAGAAUCAUAUAGAAUGCUUUGGGGUGGGGGGAACCCUUAAAGCUCAUCUACUCCAGCCCUUUGCAAUGAGCGGUGACAUCUUCAAACUAGAUCAGGAUAAUAAUUAGUGAUUUCCAUAUCAAUAAUGUGUAAAUGAAUACUGGUCAUGUGCCA